UGGUCGAGUCGAGCAAUGGUCACGAGUUGUUGGUUCAUGCUCACACUUGAAAAGCACCUUAUGUGAAACAGAGCGUUUCUUGAGCUCGAACACGUGGAAAUGUGCAAAAUCCUGUCUUCGGAUUGAAGCAGGCACCAGCUAAGCUUCAGUGAUGCUUACAGCGGUGAAAAAUAUCGCCAUUUGUACUUUUGUGCUGUUGCUUUGUGCGUGCCACUCCAGCGGUAGUGACUAUUAUGGACAUGGAUCUAUCGCAACUCAUAACUUCUACUUGUGCGAAAAAGGCACCUGUCCUUCGAUCGACAUAUGGCGCAAUUGCUCAUCUAUACUGGACCGUAUUUACAACGUAACGUCACAUUUCCAGCGCUGUGCACUUGGGAGCACAUUAUCGUCAAACAUGUGUGAAACUUGUGUAGUUCAGUACGGUCAAGCCAUAAACUUAAUUCACUACGUUCGAAAUGUUGGAACCGACCAUGCGCUGGAAUUGUGUCGGCAACACUUUUUUUCGUCUGGCAAAUUUUCCGUGGUCUCAGAAACAUUCGCGCAUGUCAUCGACUUUUGGAAGAAACCAAACUGUGAUAAGUGCUUCAACAAACCCGUCUCGGAUAAUUCUACUUACGAACUUUCGGAGAACACGCAGAAAUUUAACGUCCUGCUCAACGUUACGUUUCGUUGCAUGAAUGCCACGUAUACCCGCACUGCAAACGCAUCUAACGUGUGCGUCGCCUGCAGGAGCGCGUACGACGAGUUGAAUAAGUUCUACGAUUCACUUGUCAGAAAGAGCGACGAUGGAGGAAUCUGCUUUGAUACUGUUGCGGCCAUGAAUCGGACGCGCUUCCUGUGGGGCGCCAACCAGUGCUCCGAGCGUCACUACAACAACCUUCCCCUGUACAUCACAGCCGGCUUUUUCAUGCUGUUGGCCGUGCUCUACUACGUGUGCGCUUUCCUCCUGGUGAACCCCCGCAACACGCUGCUCGUACAACGGAAGCUCUUUCAGAGGAGACGUACCACAUCGUCAAGCGCCCAGAACACAGCGGCCAAACGACGAAGUACAUUUUACGACAAUGUCGUGGGGAACCCUCAUAGCAUUAAUUCUUAGCCUGCAUGAAAUAUGAGAAAGUUAGGGCACAAUCUAGACUUGUUUUUGCUUUUAAAAAUCUCCCGAAUUUUCUCCAUAUUUAUGGCUGUUGCGAUGUACAGUGCAGAUUGCUAUUGUUUUCACUGCGAUUUUUGUUUUAAGCAUGCAUGAUUUUUGCGGAAACAUGUACAUAAUGUGAAGAUAGGCUGCACAAGGAUUUUGUACGCUGUAUAGCACGUAGAUUUUUUACUGCUGAUAUUUUAGAAACAGUGCUGCAUUUUAAAAUGAAAAAUAAAAUUUGUGAAUAUUUUUGGUAUAUAUGAA